UGAAUACAAACAAUGAAACAAGGACCAAACAAACCCCAUUUGAAUAGCACAAAAAUAGGAAAUAUAUAUUUUCUUUUUACAAGAAUUAAUAUUAUUGUAACGUUAUAGAUCAAAUCCUAAAGACGAGGACAAACAAAGGCCAUUCAAGUAAAAUUUAAAAUAUAAUUUCGUCCCUCAAUUUUCACAGGACAAAUAAAACAAUUCACAAAAUGAGACAUGCAUGUUACUUGUGUAUUGUUAUCAAGAACACAAAGCUAAAUAAAGACGACGAGACUAAUCGAAACUCCAAUUAAAAUAGGCUAAAACAAAGGAGAACCACAACUGUCAACUGGAAGACCUUUAAAACAAUUAAACAUGAACGAAAUUACAAAGGUUAGGGAAUCAUUAGAAAAACAAAAAAUAGAGAAAUAGAAAAAAAACAAAGAAGACAGGUUUGAUGAGAUACAGGCGUGCUGACAAUCUUUGAACCAUUUGUAGGUUUCGUUCAAUCGAUCGCUCACAGAACAAAAGAAAAACGAAAGAACAAGAAGAAUCGAAGGAGUGGCAAGUGUAUGAGGAAGCUGUGUCCCAACAUAGACAAAGACGAUGGUUUGGAGACGGUUUUGGAAGUUCCGAUACCGGAGGAGAUGUUUUCCGGUAUGGGCAAUAACCCUGCUUUGCGGUGUCAGAACAUGAUGACGUGGAUGAAAGCUCAAACCUCCGAUAAAUGGUCUCAGCCGUUGAUCGCUGCUCGUAUCAACGAGCUUCGUUUCCUUCUCUAUCUCGUUGGUUCGCCUCUCAUACCUCUUCAAGUCCAAGUCGGUCACUCCGUUCAUAAGCCUGUCAAAGAUUCUUCCAUCCAAGCUUCCACGGCGAAAUAUAUAGUGCAACAGUACAUAGCGGCGACAGGAGGACCAGCGGCGUUAAACGCUGUGAACAGUAUGUGUGUGACCGGACAAGUGAAGAUGACAGCGUCGGAGUUUCAUCAAGGAGAUGAAUCUGUCGGUAAUCUUAAGAGUAAUGACGAGAUGGGUGGUUUUGUGUUGUGGCAGAAGGAUCCAGAUCUCUGGUGUUUGGAGCUCGUUGUCUCUGGCUGUAAAGUCAUAUGUGGAAGUAACGGUCGGCUUUCGUGGCGGCAUUCUUCUAACCAGCAAACACCGGCUUCUACCGGUACGCCGAGACCUCUCCGUCGGUUUUUACAGGGUUUAGAUCCUCGAUCAACGGCGAAUUUGUUCCUCGACGCGACGUGCAUCGGAGAGAAGAUAAUCAACGGCGAGGAUUGCUUUAUAUUAAAAUUGGAGACAAGUCCGGCGGUUAGAGAGGCUCAGAGCGGUUCGAAUUUCGAGAUCAUUCAUCAUACGAUAUGGGGUUACUUUAGCCAAAGAUCGGGACUGUUGAUUCAGUUCGAGGACUCGCGGCUUCUGAGUAUGGGGACCAAGGAUGGCGACGUUUUCUGGGAGACUAGCGCCGAAUCGGUGAUGGAUGAUUACAGGUACGUGGAUAAUGUGAACAUCGCUCACGGGGGGAUAACGUCAGUUACGGUGUUUCGGUACGGUGAAGCAUCGGCGAAUCACAGGAGACAAAUGACGGAGAAGUGGCGGAUCGAAGAAGUUGAUUUUAACGUUUGGGGUCUCUCGGUGGAUCAUUUUCGUCCUCCGGCCAAUUUGAAGAUUGGAAAAUAAUUUUGUCCUUUAGUUGUAUUUAUCAUUCUUUUGCUCCUAUUUUAUUAUUUUUUCGUUAGUUUUUAAUAUAUCAACUAAGUCGGUGCAUUUAAGAUUUGUUUAGUACUAUUAAACUUUGGAUACUAAAGAACAAUAUUUUUUUUGCUUAAAUUUUGAAGAACAAUAAUAUUAUAAGGUUCUAUAUAAAUCUUGUGGUUUAAUGUGUCUACUAAAUUGAUUUACGAUAAAUUUGAUGUUGAGAAAAAUAUGUAUGGUUUCAUAAAUCUAAUUUUUUCAACCAAUUUUUAUCAUAGAAAUUAAAUAAAAUGAGUAUAUUAGUUUGUCUUUUUCAAAAGCAUCGACAAUAAUUUUAUAUUAACAACUUAUUUAAUAAUCUUUUUUUUGAGCAACUAACUUAUUUAAUAAUUAAGAGC